GCUCAUUCUUCGCUGGGAAGCCAGCAGGCAAUCACAAGGGAGAGGAGAGAAAAAAAGCGCGGAAAAGAAGAAAACCAAACCCCCGAACUCUGAUCCCUUCACUCUUCCUGUCUUUUCGACUUUUGAUCUUUCCCCUUUUCCUUUUUAUUCUUUUUGUCCCCUUUCUGGAUCGGAAUCGUCGCCGGGAUGCCGAUCGAAAUGCCGAGAGGCCUUCCGUUCUCCGUUGACACAUGGAGCCGAUCCUCAAGGGCGAAGCGGUACCAUUUCCUCACCCACGCCCACAAGGAUCACGCGUCGUCGAUCUCGAACUACGCUUCGUUCCCGAUCUACGCGACCCGGAUCACGAAACACCUCAUCAUCCGGCAAUUCCCCCAGGUGUGUGACUCGUUGUUCGUCGAGAUGAGGGUGGGUGAGCCGAUUGUCGUUGAUGAUCCCGACUGCAGGUUCACCUUUACUGCCUUCGAUGCUAAUCAUUGUCCAGGGGCUGUCAUGCUGCUUUUCGAGGGUGAAUUUGGUAAUAUUCUUCAUACUGGAGAUUGCAGACUUACUGCUGAUUGCAUACAGUGUUUGCCCAUGAAAUACGUGAGUAUGAGAGGAAGGAAGCCUCAGAUAUGUCUGGAUUACCUGUUCCUUGACUGCACUUUUGCUGGGCAUACUAUGAAAAUUCCGAGCAAGGACUUGGCUGUUCAUCAGGUGAUCAAGUGCAUAUGGGAGCAUCCAAAUGCACCUAUUGUGUAUCUGGCAUGUGAUCUUCUGGGGCAGGAAGAGAUCCUGGUGCAUGUUUCUAAAACAUUUGGUUCCAAAAUAUACAUUGACAGAUCUGUAAAUGCUGAAUAUUAUGAAGCACUUACAAUCAUAGCAUCUGAUGUCAUCACUGAUGAUUCAUCCUCUCGCUUUCAGGUGUGUGAAGGAUUCCCCAGGUUCUAUGAAAAAGCUGAGACAAAACUUGCUGCAGCUAGAGCCAAUCUUCAACCAGAGCCUCUCUUUAUCCGCCCCUCUACACAGUGGUAUGCAUGUAGGGAAGAUUAUGCAGAUGACAGCAGAAAAAGUAAUAAGAGAUGGAGAGCAGCUGAAAGAGAUGAAUUUGGUGUUUGGCAUGUCUGUUAUUCUAUACAUUCAUCAAAGGAAGAAUUGGAAUUAGCUUUGCAAUAUCUCCAACCUAAACGAGUUAUUUCAACAACUCCAAGCUGCAGAGCUGUGGAAUUGGACUAUGUAAAGAAGAACUGUGGCAUUGGUUCUGUUUCAUCAGAUGAUGCUUUAUGGAAAUUACUGGAUAUUAGGACAGAAGAGCUCCACUCGACACAAGCUUGUCUCACAAAGGUGAACCCUGCAAAGGCUAAUGAGCUACUGCCUCAGAAUCUGGAUACACCCGCUAAGGCACAGCAUGGGAGUUUGUCUUCUCCUGUUAAGGUUGGCUCCCUUACGCUGUUUGGAAGAGCAUGGUUAGGCAUUCAGAACCCAUCAACAAUGCUUGAACCUCAUAAUUUAUCUGCACUACGCAAGGUUACUAAUGUAGCUGAAGGAUUAUCAAAGGUUGGAGAUGAUAAAAGUAGAGCUACCGAUGAAUGCAAUGAGAAAUUUAAUGGUGGUAGCAUAACUAGCAAAGAGAAACAAGUACAUGCACCAUUUAAUGGUGGUUGCGUAACUAGCAGAGAAAAGCAAGUACAUGCACCAUUUGAUGGGGGUAGCGUAAGUAUUAAAGAAAAGCAAGUGCAUGCGCCCAAUAGUGAUUCAGGAGAAGGCACUUGUUCCAGUGGCACAUCGAGGAGUCUUGAUUUUAGCCUAAGAAAACUGUACAGAUCCAUGAAUGUCCCAGUUCCUCAGCCACUACCAUCUCUUGCGGAUCUUAUGCAUGCUGCAAAACGAGCCAAGGUCUGUGCAGGGAAGAGAUGAACAAUGAGCCACUUCACACGUUGAAUUCCAUUUCAUGGGUGCGGAGGCAGGCAAACUUAGUCAGAUCCUCUGUUUUGCAUUCCAGGUUUUACCGAAUUUCAGAUUUGUCACUCUGAACUUGGGAAUGUCCGCUUGAUGGCUGCUGAGUUCAAAUUUAAUACGCCGCAUUGGUCAUUCGAUGUUUGAUUCUUUAAGGAAUUGAAAAAUCAGAAUCUGAUUCUGGUCUACUUCAAUUAAGUCAAAUUUUUCAGUAUUCUUGUCAAAUGUAAAUAGUUACCUGGGCCAUAAUACUUGUACACCGUUGACUUGCUGAUGCGUGAAUAAGCAACAUUACUAAAUGAAGGAUA